CACCACUAUCCCUAGGGCCCCUGCCACUAGAAGACAUGGCUCCCAAGAAACGUCAUUUGUACGGCCCAGACCACGCUGAGCCCGAACCCGAGCCCGCACAACCUACAACCUCAGUUUCUAUUCCUCUCCCAAACGAAAUCGUCUCUCUCAUCGCCGAUUCAGUUCAAGAUCUUAUCCCAUUGACUCUAGUCUCGCGUCAAUGGUAUCACGCCGCACAGUCUCGCCUCCACUGGCAAAUCCGUGUUUCCUCCGGAGCAUCCUGCAAACAUUGGAGUAGAAAAUUCAACAAAUUUCCACAUCUAGCAAGUUUUGUUCGAGUCUUGGAGCUCUCCGAUCCCGACGAUGAUUGCCUAGAAUCCCCUUAUUUGCGAAGCCAACCCGCGAAAAGGCUUGCAGCAGCUCUUACAGGGGUGACACGGCUCGAAAUAGUCGAUUUCGUACGUUGGGGGCCUGUCGAACAGAGACUCAUCAAGAGUUUUUGUAAUCUGGAGUGCCUUUCUGUUGGUCGAAUCCCAUGCAUGAGUCGGAGUAAGGAUUUGCCUGAUCUUGUUUUCUCUUUCUCGAAGCUGUCGGGGUUGAUGAUCUAUGGAGAUAUUGGAAUGGAGUAUGAUCCCGAGGAAGGUGCAUCUGUUAUUGAGGCCGGGAAAUCAAUGUGCAGGCAGUUUCCAUUGGAUGGGAAACCCGUGCAGCUGACGGAAGUGUUGAGUUUGUCAACUGCCGAUGCAUGUCAUGACCUGCUUAUGUGGUUUUCCUCUCCGGGGUUCGACCUGUCGAAGCUACAGCUGCUUGCAAUGAAGUGGUCGGAGUUGCCCUUUGGAAUGCCUUCUCCUGUUAUCUCUGCACUUGACAACAUUUGUACUCGCAUCAGCGGCAGCUUGACUGUGUUAGAUCUGGGUUUCCCAGAUGAUCCCACGGAUGUGUUAUCUUCGCAUCUCAUCGAUUCAAAGAUUCUCAGCCAGUUCACUGCCUUGAUAGAAAUACGGCUGGAUCACUCUGAACUGGAACGCAAUUUACCUUCCGCUUUGGGUGUUACCGUGCCCCUUUUGAAGAGUCUUUCGGCGCCUUGCCUCCGUGUUAUUGAAUUCAAAGCGGGAGCUGGGGUCACUAAGCGCGAUGACCAGGAGUAUCUCGAACUUGCGGAAUGGAAAUUGCUCGACGAGCUUCUUGUCGAUGGAACUUUCCCCUCCGUUCGCUCGUUCCGUUUUCUUCUAUACGUCAUUCAGAAGCGAUGUUAUCGAGGUCCACUGGUUCGGUGCACGGCGGAAACGUAUUGGUUACCCAAGGCCAGUUCGAAAGGAAUACUUGACCUAGAGAUAAUGUGCAAUUUGACUUGGGAGGAGUGCCGAUUCGAGACGCCUGUAUGCGAAGAUUACAUUACUUUUUUCUCUGGUUAAUCCUCGAAGAUAUCUGCAGAAGGGACUUUCUUAUUACAAAUGAAGUUUAUCUUUGCGUGGCCUAGUCCACUUUUUUGUGGUUACCUGUUCCUCCUAACUGCCCUCAAACCUCAAAAAUCGACAAAGAACCGAUGCGCCAGUAUAUGUACUUAUCAUGCCUGUCGGAUUCCAUUGCUGCAGUACCGUG